CGUAAACAUGGUCUGUCGGUCGAGUGCGCAGUUGCAGAGAGCGACAAGAGAAAAUGACGAAGUGUGAUAGAUGCGAUCGCAACAUAAAAGAUAUUUAAACCAUGCCUAUCAAGUUGUGAAGAAAACUGGAGAGCCUAUGUUUACCUGUAAAAAGGGGUGCAAGGGUUGCAGACACAAUGGGCAAUAGCCCAUCAUCUUUGGAGAAGGAAAUUGGUCAAGAAUUCCCUCCAAAUGAGCAUUUCUUUGGACUGGUAAAUUUUGGAAACACAUGCUACUGCAAUUCUGUUUUGCAAGCAUUAUACUUCUGCCGGCCAUUUAGGGAGAAGGUUAUUUCCUACAAGCCUCCAUCAAAAAGAAAAGAAAAUCUGUUGACUUGUCUUGCUGAUCUCUUCAAUAACAUUUCAUCUCAAAAGAAGAAAACAGGCGUGCUUGCCCCAAAAAAGUUUGUAGCAAGACUCAGAAAGGAAAAUGAGGUCUUUGACAAUUAUAUGCAGCAAGAUGCCCAUGAGUUUCUGAAUUUUCUUCUGAAUACAGUUGCAGAUCUUCUACAGAGUGAGAAGCAAAAGGAGAAAGAGAAAGACAGAGAUCGUCUAGGAAGUGCAAGCAGUGUUAAUAGUAAAAACAGUGUUAGUUCAGAAUGCUCAACUGCCAGCUCAGCAAUUCACCAGCCAAAACCACCACCAGAACCAACCUGGAUUCAUGACAUUUUUGAAGGAACACUUACAAAUGAAACAAGAUGUCUUUGUUGUGAAACUGUGAGCAGCAAAGAUGAAUCAUUUCUUGAUCUUUCAGUGGAUAUUGAGCAGAAUACAUCAAUUAUUUAUUGUCUAAAAAAUUUCUCAUGUACUGAAACUCUGUGCAUGGAGCACAAAUAUUUUUGUGAAGUUUGUGGUAGCAAGCAAGAAGCACAAAAACGGAUGAGGGUUAAGAAGCUACCACAAAUACUAGCUUUGCACCUGAAGAGGUUCAAGUAUGUUGAACAACAGCAGAGAUAUACCAAAUUGACAUACAGGGUUGCAUUUCCCUUGCAACUACGCUUGUUCAACACAUCAAAAGAAGCUCAAGAUCAUGACCAACUUUAUGACCUUGUUGCAGUGGUUGUGCAUUGUGGCAGUGGCCCAAACAGAGGACACUACAUUACUUUGGUUAGGAGUGGCGGGUUUUGGCUACUUUUUGAUGACGACAUCGUAGAUAAAAUCGAAGCUCGUUCGCUUGAAGAGUUUUUCGGCCUGACGACAGAGCUGCAGAAAAACCAAGCAGAAUGUGGAUACAUAUUAUUCUACGAAACUAGAAAAUAGUUUUAAAUUAUUAAGAAGAUUUAAUUUAUAAUCCAAACAUUUUAAUUGAGAAAUGAUCGAACAGUUUGAAAAGUUGUGUAUAUUAAAUAGUGCCAAGACUUUAAUUUGUAGUCAAGAGGACAUUUAACUUGGUAUCAGUCAAGAGAAAACAUGUCCUAAAAGUAUACCUUCCGACUUUUUUCGCUGUGAUGUUUUGCUUGUUUCGUUGUUUUGUUUUUUAUACAUAUCCCCUAUCUCAUUACUUUGAUCUAGCAAAUUUCAUUUAACAUGAAGCUCGCUAACCUAUUAUAUUUCAUACCCAUCUGCUCUUUCAUACUCAUACAAUUCGUUUGUUGGUGUUAAAUGCUUAAAUAUUCCACUGCAUUAGCUGAAUAUUUGCAGAAGGCCAUAAUUUCUUCUAACUUGGCUUUGCAGCAUUCUAUUUUGGGUUAUUUGGUCUAGUUUGCCAUCUCCCUAAAUGCCAUUUCUUGUCCUAAACAUCGAACAGAUCAGUGUGUUGAAGAGUAAAUUCAUAAUAAGAUAAUGGGAUUGAAACUAGCUAAUAUUGUUAUCCUGCGUUGAGUUCAAAAUUUUGAAAAGUUUUUUUAGUUGAAGUCCAAGUAUUUAAACCAUAGGGAUGAUUUUAACAGAUCCACUCUUCAUUGAUUUGAGAACCGUGUCCAAAAACCUCCAUCUAAUGGGGUUUUUUCUUAAUCUCCCUUAGAAACGUUAUUCUUGGAAACUCUAAGUGAUUUCCAAGAAUUUAUCUAUAGAGUUUGCACAAGACAUUGCAGAGAACAACUUCAGUUAUCGAUCAUUUUGUGUUGCUGUACAGACAAUUUGUUGAUAUUGAUAAUGUUACUUCAGAAUAACUAACUGUAACUUGUUAUUUA